GGAGUAGCGCGCGCAUUAGGAGCCGGAGACGCGAGACUAGCAUUGGCAGGCUGACGGUGACACGUGCCUCCCUCUCAACACCCCCGAGCUCCCGUGUACCGCAUUGGCAUCAGCGACGGCCACUGAAACGCAGGAGUCGAAGCUGUGCCACGGUUAAAGAGGACAGAAAGCCCGCGUAAAGCUGCGAGCAUUCUCUUUUACGCACCGGACCAUAAACUUGCUCUCGCCCGAAACGCGCGUCAGAGUUCGGCCAGAAAAAGAGAGAGAGAGGAGCGGGCGAACAGGAUGCGGGCGCCAGGCAUCAUCUACGUCUGAAAGUGACAUGAACCACGGAAUUAGCCAAAACAGCAGGCGUGAUUUCAGCCAGAACCGGAGAUAACGAAUACGCGUCACCACGAGAGUCCGUUCUCUUCUCGCGCAGACAAAGAGCUCCGGUCGCACACUAAAUCUGAAAUAUCUAGAGAAAAAAAAACAUUCGCUGAGGUAUUUAGACACCUGCCUCCUUUAGCAGAACAAUCAUGGCAACGUUAAUAAGAAGCAAGAUCUCGAAUAAGCUGUCCAACGCGGCCACCACCGUCACCAAUAAGUCGCAGGCGAAGGUGAGCGGGAUGUUCGCCAGACUGGGCUUCCAGGCCGCCACCGAUGAGGAGGCUUUGGGUUUCGCCACCUGCGAUGAUCUGGAUUAUGACCACAGGCAGGGGCUUCAAAUGGACAUCCUAAAAAACGAUGAGAUGGGGGGAGAGGGUGGCGGGGAAAUGGGGGACGACGGGACGGCCGAAGGGGACAGCCAUUACCAGAGGGAUGGAACGGGUCCACCGCCCUCAGCAUCCAAAGAUGCUGGACUUUGCUCCGAAAUUGGCAACCCGGACAAGCCCAGAAUCACCGCUUGGGAAGCGGGAUGGAACGUGACCAACGCGAUCCAGGGCAUGUUCGUGCUCGGGUUACCCUACGCCAUUCUCCACGGCGGAUAUCUCGGACUGUUCCUCAUUAUAUUCGCCGCCGUCGUGUGCUGCUACACAGGCAAAAUCCUCAUCGCCUGCCUCUACGAAGAGAACGAAGACGGCCAGUUGGUGCGAGUGAGAGACUCGUACGUGGACAUCGCCAACGCCUGCUGCGCGCCGCGCUUCCCCGCGCUCGGAGGACAUGUCGUCAACGUGGCACAGAUCAUCGAGCUCGUCAUGACCUGCAUUUUGUACGUCGUGGUCAGCGGGAACCUGAUGUACAACAGCUUCCCCACCCUCCCCGUGUCCCAGAGGUCCUGGGCCAUCAUCGCCACCGCCGCUCUCCUGCCUUGCGCCUUCCUCAAGAACCUCAAAGCCGUGUCCAAGUUCAGCUUGCUCUGCACCCUCGCGCACUUCGUCAUCAACAUCCUAGUGAUCGCCUACUGCCUGUCCAGGGCGCGAGACUGGGCGUGGGACAAGGUCAAAUUCUACAUCGACGUCAAGAAGUUCCCCAUCUCCAUUGGCAUCAUCGUGUUCAGCUACACCUCGCAGAUCUUCCUGCCCUCGCUGGAGGGGAACAUGCAGAAGCCCAGCGAGUUCCACUGCAUGAUGAACUGGACGCACAUCGCGGCCUGCAUCCUCAAGGGCCUGUUCGCCCUGGUGGCUUACCUGACGUGGGCCGACGAAACCAAGGAGGUGAUCACGGACAACCUGCCGUCCAGCAUCCGCGCCGUCGUUAACCUGUUCCUGGUGUCGAAGGCGCUGCUGUCGUACCCGCUGCCGUUCUUCGCCGCGGUGGAGGUCCUCGAAAAGACUUUCUUCCAGGACGGAGGGCGCGCGUUCUUCCCGGACUGCUACGGCGGCGACGGGCGGCUCAAAUCCUGGGGUCUGUCGCUCCGCUGCGCGCUGGUGGUUUUCACGAUGCUCAUGGCCAUUUACGUGCCGCACUUCGCGCUUCUCAUGGGCCUGACGGGCAGCCUGACGGGCGCGGGGCUCUGCUUUCUGCUGCCCAGCCUUUUCCAUCUCAAGCUGCUGUGGAGAAAGCUGCUGUGGCAUCAGGUGUUCUUCGACGUCGCCAUAUUCGUGAUCGGCGGUAUAUGCAGCAUUUCUGGCUUCAUCCAUUCCGUCGAAGGCCUCAUCGAAGCGUACAAAUACAACCUGCCGGAUUAGCUGGAUAGUUUUGGUGGUUUAGGUGUUAUACUACAACGCAUCCCGCAUAUUGAUAACCAAACCGAUAAGUUUCCCCCGAAACAAAAAACAACAAACACUUUAAAAAAAGAAAUAAGAAAAAAUAAAGAACAUUCAACCCAGGUUCAUCCAAUAAAACUGUCUGCAGAUCUGACUUUGACGUAUACAAUUUAAGGGGAUAGUUCAGCCUAGAAAUGCACAUUUAUUCACUGUAUGCU